UCGUCACGGGGAGGUCCUAAUCUGCUGGUGCAGCUGGGAGCAUUUUACCACGUGAUUCGAGCGAUGUCAGAGUAGUCAUCACCAUUUCACUUAAUUCAUGUCGGGGGCUCAAACGGUAAAAGGUGAAACAGCAAGGAAACCUGCUAUGAAGUAGACGAAGAUACCCGACCCCGGUUCCCUACUACUAAUCGCCGCCUCGCAACUUAAACGAGACUGGUCCUUAACGUCUCGUCUUGGUGGUCCACAUCAGACGCAUCCCAGGUUGCAGGAGCACGGCGGAGGAGAGGCUCUGAGGCUGAACACUCCCCCCAUUAGUCUUUGAGGCGGGGGGAGGAGAAAAAGGUGGGGAUCGAGGAGCUGCUAUACCCACCUGGAGCAUGGGGCAGAAAGUCCCAGGUGGCAUUAAAACUAUUGACAUGCGGGAUCCGGCAUUCAGUCCCCUAACAUUGGAGUUACAAGCCCUGAGUCACACCAAGCCAUCUCGUCUAGACCUUCUGCUGGACAUGCCGCCCGCCAGCCUGGACACUCAGAUCCAGCAUUCGUGGAACAGCGACGACCGCUCCCUCAAUGUUUUUGUGAAGGACGACAACAAGCUGGUGUUCCAUAGGCACCCUGUGGCGCAGAGCACGGACGCCAUCCGGGGGCGUGUUGGCUACACAAGGGGACUUCACGUAUGGGAGAUCAACUGGGCCAUGCGUCAGAGGGGCACGCACGCGGUGGUUGGCGUUGGGACGAGCGACGCCCCUCUGCAUUCUGUGGGCUACACGGCUUUGGUGGGGAGCAACUCUGAAUCCUGGGGCUGGGACCUGUGCAGAAGUAAACUCUACCACGAUGGCAAGAACCUUCCAGGAAAAACCUACCCGGCCUUCCUAGAGCCAGACGACACCUUCAUAAUACCAGACUCGCUCCUGGUGGUUUUGGACAUGGACGAGGGCACUCUGGGUUACAUAGUGGAUGGACAUUAUCUCGGAGUGGCUUUUAGAGGACUCAAAGGCAAGAAGCUGUACCCAAUAGUGAGCGCCGUGUGGGGACACUGUGAAAUACGAGUCCGGUACAUAAAUGGACUUGAUCCUGAACCUCUUUCGCUGAUGGACCUAUGCAGGCGUUCGGUGAGGGUGGCGUUAGGAAGAGACCGGCUGAGUGAAAUCCACAGACUUCCCCUGCCAGCCUCUCUCAAGAACUACCUGCUCUACCAAUGACGAAGUUGACUGACGAAACACAUUCUGCACUCCCUUGUUUCUUUCUCUGGGAUCGUCCUUGGGUUCAACCCGUUUGGCAGCAUUACUGAAGCCUCCAGGACUGAUGUAGGCACCUGCGUGAAUCAGCAAGUACGCUUCUCUGUCGGUUGCAAAACUCCUCUCGAGUUUCUUAUCCUGUUUUUAUGACUCUUUUCAAUUGUAAUCUUUAACUUUGUAAAAUCAGGAAUCACUGAGUACUAUGCACACACUGAUCCAACUGAUGCCCUGACAGUCACCGUGCUGGUGAACCACUUUUAGCUUGUAGGGUAAUGUGGCAUCUGCUGUGACCUCCAAGCUUGAGUUAUGCAUUCCUGUCUUUGUAGCCUUGGAAAUCUGAAUGAAAUUGUGCUGAGACGACGCUGAGCCAAAAACACAGUAAACACAGUAGUGCACUGCUGUUAUCUGGCCACAAGAUGGCAGUACACUCGCAUCAGUCUCAAAUUAAGCAUUAUAAAAUUCUGGGUUUUAGAGCUGGUUUUUAAAUAUAUUUGCAGUUCACAUGACACAGGAAAGAGUUGAUGACCAUUUUAUAGAGUUACUGGUGCUCUGAGUGCGUUUAAGAGCAGCACAGGGCACUCACUGCCUGUGCUGCUCUUAAACGGUCUCUCUGUAACAUGGAUGUAUCCGCUCAGCUGCUGCGGUGCAGAAACAUCAUCAGCAGUCUUCUACAGAAAGAUAAUGUCACUGUGAUUCUUUGUAGCAUGCACCUGCAGGAAACUCUUCUCAACAAACUACUUUUUAUCAUUUUUGUCACUCCUUGUUUUUAUUAGUGCAGUAGUUCUUGACCAUGUGCUGUUGAGGCCCAAGAGCAUUUUUUUUUAAAUUUAUAAUCUCCAUGUUUGAGCACUGAUUUGCACAUAUUAAAACAAAGAAAGGAGGAAAAAAGAACAUGUAAAUGUUUGCUGACUCUUGGGGCCCCACUGGCAGAAAACCAUGAACCAUGAUGUCUUGUUUGUCUAUGAAGUGUAAAGCUGGGGGCCAGGGGUUUUUGGAAGCUGGCUUUGUAGAUGCCUGACUUGAUAAACUUUGGUUUUAAAGCACCACAUUAACAGAAAGCGACAAUCUACAGAGUGCUGCACAAAUGUAAUGGAAGUAGGUCAGAUUGCCAACAGUUUGUCAAAUGCCAUAUCAUAAACUUGUAUGUUUUUAAAUGUGUAUAAGUGGUACACCCUACUUUUCCUUGCUUGCUUCCACUUGAUUUGUAUUACUUUGUGUAAAUUUGUUUGUAAGUAUCUAUUAAAGAUUAUUUCACAUUGUC